UUUCAAACACAUGUGUCUGCAGAAGCCAAUUUUCUGGCGGCCCGGCGGUGCCGAGGGGAGGUUGCAAACCACCGUCUGCGGGAGCUCCUGGCCCGCCGGAUGCCCGCUCACAGACACGCGGCUGCCACAACCAAACCGACCCGUUCUCCUCUUCCCCCUACGCCCGGCGAGGCACACAGCAUGGUGGGCUCAUCGGUAGUUUGGACCAUACCCUGAGGAUGCUGCUGCCUCCUCCUGACGGGCCCGGACGACCUGGGGAGCUGCGAGAAAGCUUUUUGUUGCCAGGAGCCGCAGAGGAGCUGCCCGCGCUUUCCUAUGAGGUUUUCACCAUCACCGGCAAAACCAUGGAAGCUUUAAGAAAGUGACAGCAAGAAAACGGAAAAAUCAGUCAGUUCUGACUCUAUCUCCCCACCCAUCAAAACGAUUACUUGUCUCUUGGCCCAUCCCAGCUACCACUUCCGAGGUGUAUGUCACCUGGCAGUUUGGGAGUACCUGUUCCACAGAUGCUGAUGACCUGGGUGAUUUUCCCUCUGACAUAGAAGAGAUGCCAGAAAUGGAUAUUUAAACUGUCCUGAUGGUAUUUCUAAGCUCAUCUGAAGGAUGUUGAAGACCCUAUCUCACACAAAAAUCUUGAAAGGCUUCGGGGUCUGCUUUCCCAGUGAGAAGAUAACGCAUGACUAGCAUCCAGGAAGUGAGUGGACUUUUUCUUCAACAACUCACCAAAUUCCUGAGAAACAGAAACUAUUUUUUCUGAAGUUGUUAAAGCUGACAUGAGCAGAGCGGAAGGUGAUUUUUUUAGCCCUACAAAUCUACCUAGUAUUUGAAAUGCUGAAGAGGAAAUUACGGUUUUGCCACAACUUACGCUUCAGGCUUUUCUUGGGUUUAACUCUAAUUGUAGUAAUCAUUUCAGUUUUGAAAGUUAACCAGAAACAAGACUUCUUAAAUCAGAGACAUCUUGAGCUGACACAAGAAGAUCCUGUUGGCAAUGUUAACUGCACCAAGAUUAUAGAGGGGGAUAUAGAAGAAAUUCAAAAGGUAAAGCUUGAGAUGUUGUCAGUGUCAUUUAAGAAACGCCCCAGAGUAACAACAAAUGAUUAUAUUAACAUGACAGCAGACUGUGUCUCCUUCACCAAGACUAGGAAAUACAUUAUGGAACCUCUCAGCAAUGAAGAAGCAGAAUUUCCAAUAGCUUACUCAAUAGUGGUGUAUCACAAAAUUGAGAUGCUUGACAGACUUCUAAGAUCAAUCUAUGCCCCUCAGAAUUUUUACUGCAUUCAUGUUGACAGAAAGUCUCCAGAAUCUUUUUUUGCUGCUGUGAGGGGAAUAGUCUCAUGUUUUGAUAAUGUCUUUAUUUCUAGUCAGUUAGAGAGUGUUGUAUAUGCUUCAUGGAGCAGAGUGCAGGCAGACAUUAACUGCAUGAAAGACCUCUACAGAAGAAGUUCAAACUGGAAAUACCUAAUAAACCUCUGUGGCAUGGACUUUCCAAUAAAGACCAACCAGGAAAUAGUAGAGAAAUUAAAAGCCCUUAAAGGUGAAAACAGCUUGGAAACAGAAAAAAUGCCUGUUUAUAAAGAAGUAAGGUGGAAAAAACACCAUGAGAUUAUUGAUGGUAAAAUAAAGAACACAGGCAUAGACAAACAACUACCGCCUCUCAGUACUCCAAUUUUUUCUGGUAGUGCCUAUUUUGUAGUUAGCAGAAGAUUUGUUGAAUACGUAUUAGAAAGCAGCAAAAUACUUCAGUUUAUUGAAUGGGCAAAAGACACUUACAGCCCAGAUGAGUACUUGUGGGCAACAAUUCAGAGAAUCCCUGAAGUUCCAGGUGCAGUUUCUUCUAGUGACAAAUAUGAUGUUUCUGACAUGAAUGCACUGGCCCGAUUUGUCAAGUGGCAGUAUUUUGAAGGGGAUGUGUCCAAAGGUGCACCCUACCCACCAUGCAGUGGAGUUCAUGUUCGCUCUGUCUGUGUUUUUGGGGUAGGAGACCUAAACUGGAUCUUACGAAACCACCACUUCUUUGCUAAUAAGUUUGACACUGAUGUUGACCCUUUUGCAGUGAAAUGUUUGGAAGAGUAUUUGCGACACAAAGCUUUGUAUCUGCAAAAGAACUGAUAAUACUGCAUGCUCCUGUGACAAAAUAUAGGUACGAACGGUAUACAGCUAUGUACUUUUAACAUGUAAUGCCAACAGUAGUGAUGCUGAUCAUGGGUAUAAUGAUGUCAAUAUGGUGGUGAUGACACCCUCCCUGACUUGUUCAUAGACAAGAGGGACAAAUAACGUCAAGAUGGGGAUGACUUGUGCUGCACACUGAUGUUUAGAAUUUCAGGUAUAAAAUAGAAGAUAGUAAUUUUUGGAAGGUCAACUACUUGGAAUAUUUAUUAUCUAAAAGAUGUAGUUAAUGGGCUUCCUUUGGCCAAACUAUUUGUUUCAAGGCUUGGAAAAUGUAUAUUGCUCAUGAUUAUUUGUCAGGUUUUUUCCCAUGAAUGUAAUGCUAGUUGAAAGGGAAAGAUGAAGAGGCAGGAAUAAAAGGGGGAAAAAAGCAGCUGGACUGCACAGGCUUUGUAGUGAGUGCUGAAAUAUCUCAGGAAAAUAACACUAUAAUUAAUCUGAAAACUGUAUAAAAGGGAAUAUACCAAAGCCAGCUGUCUUCAUUUAAUUUAAAUCUGAUUGCUGUAAUUCUGUAAUAUGUAAUUCUUAAUCCUCCUGAAUAUUUCAACUUCAGCAUGGAGUAUUAAGGACUUGUGUUUAAAAUUUUGUAGUCAAAUCUUGCUUUUGUACUCUUAAACCCCACAAUAAUGUGAUAUAAAGUUUAUACACCAGUUUGUAAUUACAUCUUCUCAGGGAAACAUAAGUUUUGUGCCUGGUGAAUGUUAGACUUGGAAUUUUACUUUUUUCACUGUAUCAGGAAUCUUGCUUUUGGAUCCAAAAUGACUCAUGUUUCUCAAAAACUUUAAAGAACUUCAAUAGAGUCUUAAGUGUCACUGGUGGAACUGCUGGUUUCUUCUUCUGUUAAGCUCAACUUGUAUUCCAGGUUCUUUUAACAGUGAGUAUGCAAAAAAUAAAGUUAUUUUUUCCUAAUGA